CUUUGAGAGUAUUGCUAAAUAUCGAAAUGUGUGUCGUUUAGGCCGAACACGAGAUUAGUGUUUGUCAGACACAUGUUUUGUUAUUUGUAGAACAAAACAUAAAAUAAAAUUUCAUAAAAAUUUGGUAUACACGGUAUUAUCAGGCUAAAAAAUGCGUCGUUUGAAAAAGUAUCAAUCUGGAGAGGCAGCUCAAUAUAUAACACGCCGUGCGGCUCUUCGAAAGCUACAGUUGUCAUUGAACGAUUUUCGUCGCUUAUGUAUAAUAAAAGGUGUUUAUCCACGUGAGCCUAAGCAUCGUAGGCGGGCACAAAAGGGUUCUUCUGACAUUAAAAUACUAUACCAUGCUAAAGAUAUAAGGUUCUUACUUCAUGAACCUAUAGUUUGGACGCUAAGAGAUUACAAGAUAUUUGCAAAAAAAACUGGAAGAGAUCGUGCUAUAAAAGAUUUUCGAAAUUUAAAGCGACGACUAGCAUUAUAUCCAGAAUUGCGAAUUGAUCAUAUUGUGAAGGAGCGUUAUCCAACGUUUAUUGAUGCAAUUAAGGACCUCGAUGAUUGCUUGACCUUACUUUUUCUAUUUAGUACAUUUCCUUCAUUACGUUUAAUUCCGCGUGAGCAAUCGUUUUUAUGUAGAAGGUUAACCAUAGAAUUCUUGCAUUAUAUUAUCAGUUCGAAGUCAAUUCGAAAAGUUUUCAUAUCGAUUAAAGGGUUCUAUUUCCAAGCAGAUAUCAAAGGGCAAAAAGUUACUUGGAUUAUGCCACAUCAUUAUCCUUUCAAGCCACAUUCGAAAGCGGAGGUUGAUUUCAAAGUUAUGUCAAUUUUUGUUGAAUUUUAUACGAUAAUGCUAGGGUUUGUUAACUAUAGGCUUUACCAUAGUGCGGGUUAUACUUAUCCACCUAAAUUUCGGUCUGAAAUAAACAAUGAUCUGGAAGACAAUUUUAAAGAUGAGUUAUCAUAUGUAUCGGACCGUAUUGCUGCACUAAAUUCCGAUCUGAUAUCUACAGAAAAUAUACCUGAAGAAGAAAUUGAUGAUAUGGACUUAGAUUUACUCGAGCAGGGUCAAAGUUCAAACCGUAUAAUGAAGCUAAAAAAGGAAGCAAGCGAACUUAAGAAACUGCGAUCACUUUUUAAAGGUUUGAAGUUUUAUGUCAACAGAGAAGUACCACGUGAGCCCUUGGUAAUAUUGAUCCGAUCAUUUGGAGGAAAGGUUUCCUGGGAUUCCACAGUGUUUGUUGGAGCUACGUACGAUGAAAGCGAUGAAACUAUUACUCAUCAAAUUGUUGAUAGACCAAUUCUAAGUGAAAAAUAUAUAUCUCGUGAUUAUAUUCAACCACAAUGGGUCUUCGAUUGCGUGAAUAAGCGCACACUACUUCCAACAAAUAAAUAUUUUGUAGGUGUCGUGUUACCACCGCAUUUAUCCCCAUUCGUUGAUGGUAAUCGAGAUUCUUAUGUUCCCCCCGAGGAAGAUGAUAUACAAAAUGAAGCUGAUUUUAAUGAAAAUAAACCGGUUGAAGUAAAUGCUAAUUCCUCAGAAAAAGAGAAGGAUACUCCCACCAUGGAUGAUGAGCAAUUGCAAAUAGCAUAUAUGCAAGAAAAAGCUGAUUUCGAGGAGUAUGGUCACAUCGAAAAUGAGGAAGGAGAAAAUGACGAUGACGUUGAAAAUGCUGAGAACGAUAAGGAAAAACAACUAAAUGAAAAAUUGUCCAUGAGUGUUCAGACUGGUAAGGUACAUAAGGAAAAUAAAAACAUCCGUCGAAAAAAUGAAUUAGAUGAACACCGAUUACAAGCACGCAUGGUGAAGUCUCGUCAUCGCAAUCUUUUCAGGAAAUUAAUACGUGAGAAACAAGUUAAAGAAAAGGAAAAGUGGCUGUUGAAAAAGAAACGUCGGGAUAUUGAUGCACAAAUAGCUGAUUAUUAAUAAUUUGAGUAACAUACAUAUGUUUAAUGUAUAAGAGCAAAUAAGAAUAAUUAAUAUACAAUUAAAAACACAAUAA